UGUACAUGUCCCAUAUGUAUGCACACCGGUGCACAUUCGCACGCAAGUUGACUUCAACACACGCGCAGCCUCUCAUCUCCGCGACACUGCCUCCAGCAGCAGUCCUGACUUCACACCCACUCGGCCGAAGGCGCUGGCGAUCGUAUUGACAUUUUUCUGAGAUGCGGCGCGAAGCUUCUGCGGAGACCGCUUGAGCUCAACAGCCAUUUCUAAAGGAAACACAUAUCACUAAGCGGGAUGACAGUCUGUGUGCCUGUCUGCCUGCCUGUCUGUCUGUCUGUCUGUAUGUGUGUCUGUCUGUCGCCGACCUGUGAAGAGCUCCUGAACGAUCGGCUUCACGGCUGCCCUCUCCACCUCUUUCUUCUGCCUUUUGAGGCAUGACAGCAGCCGACCCAUGCUAGCAGUAAAUCUCGCCAUGUCGUCAGCCGAGAAGUCACUCAUCCUCCGCAGGGCCGCUCGAGCCAGCAUCGUAAUCAGUGGCUGGUCGACGGCAUUCCUGCCAACGUGGCCAUAGCUGGUCGCUAUCUGAUUUAGCUGGAUCGGUUCCAGUUUUCCGUCCUGCGCCAGCGAUGUGAUAAUGGGCUUGGCUGCAAUAUAAAGACGCGGACGAGACUCAGGAUCAUAGAUCUACACACACGGACACACAGACACGCACACGGGACUCAUCCAGGUAUCAUGGCUGAGCCUUGUGUGGGAGCGGUAAGCAGGCUUGUGUCUUACUGCUGAAGUAUAGAAAAGGAAAAGCGACAGGCUGCUCUCGUAACGGUGGAAAUCGCCAAGGUUGGGAAUCGCCAGCUGCUCCAUCCGAUGGAACAGACCCUUAACGCGCUGCCUCGAGAGAACACCCCGAAGAAUAGACAGUGAACGAGCCAACGAUGACCAGGUCACUGGCGUAAAGAACAUUAUUGAUUUCCCUUCGCCCUUCUCCUGUUGGCUGCACGCCUCGUCCAGCAGCACGCCUAACCGAUCAGUGACGGGCUCAAGAAACGAAGCGUUCUGAUUGCGCAGGUCUGCACUGGCAAAGAACACAUUCGUCACAUCCGCCAGAGUCGUCUCAUUGAUGUUGGCCAGGAAGGAAGAUUGCAAGGCCGUGAUAAGGGUGGGCGGACAUGCCUUCAGCUUGACCAUAUCCCUCAUCAAGCUGGCGCACUGCCUGGAACUGAAGUCAUCGAUCCUAUUGAUAGCCUCCUGCGCAAUCAUCUCAGUCAUCUCCGAGUCAUCAAUGCGCAGCCGGGCUAGCGCGAGAGCGAACUGAGUCAAACAGAUAGCGUCGACAGUCCCCUUCUCUCGCAAAUAACCGACACACAUCCCCAGCAGCUCCUUGAAGCGCCGGUCUGGCAGCAGCUGCUCGCCCCUCACAGUGAUAUUGUUAGUGAUGUGGAAUACGGCCGUAGCGGCAUUCACACAGCUGAACCCCUCAGACAAGCGCUCCACGAUAUCGAGAAUCUCCUCAACACCGCCCGCCCCGAGAAUCAUCUCGUUUAUCUCUGUGGGAGUGGACAUCAGUUCAACGACCGGCUGAAUGUCCUGAGCAGAUGAUAGAAGAAAGGCACGGCUGAGAGCAGAGGCCAGCACCGUUAGCUUGAUGCCCUGGGCAGCUGACGACGACGAUACCCGUCUGUGUGUUGUUGGUGUGAUGGCGAUGGAUCUGUGCCGUCUUCUUGGCACGAUGGGAGGCGACAGGAAGGCAGAGAGGCGCCUCCGUUCGAUGCUUUGCUGGCGUCGAAAGGCGUGGCUGAUGAGAGGAAAGAUGAGCACCACCGCCAAGACGGAAGCCAUCAUUGUCACAGCAGGGCACUGCAUGAUCAACAUGGGCAUUGGAUGCGUUGUUGUCGAUGAGUGAUCAGACGGCCGAUGGAUCAGAUCAGCCAGGUAUUUGCU